UUGUUCACUUCGUAGGGCACAAAAGUAACACUUAGCACGCACUAUGUAGAGCCCUCUGUGUGCUAAGGAAGCCAUUUUGGAUUGAGGCCGUGUGUUAGCAGGCGGUAGAGCGCGGUCUAUUGAAAACAUCGGAUGCUACGUUAUAAACUUCUGCCUUUAUCUAAUUCCCGUCAUAGAGCAGACGAUCCAGCACCAUGUCCCGGCCCAUGGGCGACAGCCAUAAGCGCUUUUUACAGACCAUGAUGAGGAACGGUAUAAUCAGUAGUGUUCAAGCCAAGGCACUUUAUCGUCAUUGUUGUGAGACUCACGGAGCCCAUUAUCUGCCAGAUAAGUUGGAGGAAUUCAUCGACGUGAUCAAUACUACUCUUCAGCCCAUGUUCAUGCACAUUAGAAAAGGCUCGUCGGAGGAGGAUGGAGCACAGCACUACGCCUUGGUGAACAUGGCCGAAACGGACAUCACCAGAAUGUCUUCUGAUUACGCCGAUAACGAGCUGGAGCUGUUCAGGAAGACGAUGGAUAUGAUUUUAGACACAGAGAACGGUAUCGUCUCUUCCACCGAUCUCCUGAAUUGUGCCGAUCGUCUCCAGACAAAGAAAAUGAAAAAGAAAGAGACGGAGCACGUGCUGAAUAAGUUUGUCCAGGACAAGUGGUUAAAUGAGAAACAAGGUGAAUACACUUUAAGCACUCGCUGUAUCAUCGAGAUGGAGCAGUAUAUACGUAAAGUUUACCAGGACCUCAUCAGACUGUGCUACGUGUGCCACAACAUCGUCUUACAGGGCCAAAUCUGUGAAAACCCUGAUUGCGGGAUCAAGAUGCAUUAUUACUGCGUGGCCAGAUAUUUUAAAGGACGCAUCGAUCCACAUUGCCCUUCCUGCAGUAUCUUCUGGGCUCAUGAGAUCCCCGAAAUCCAGUCAGAGCCACAAAGCCAGUCUUCAUCUGCGAGAGAGACGGCUACUCCUGCACCCUCCACGUCUACCACACGCCGCUCCAGGAGGCUGUGAUGAAGCUGCAUCCUCAUCUCAGGGCUGGAGUGGAGAUGUAAAUGUGAUAAAUUCAACUGGUUGUGUUUUAUUUGCUUGUUUUUAAGAAAUAUGCUGUACAGGAUGACCAUAUAGUUAACAGGAAAGGGAAAAGUAAUUGCAUUAUAGAUAUCCUGAAAUAAUAAAUAAAAAUGAGACCCAACUGCUGUAGGGAAGGUCACAUAGACUUUGAAAGAAUCUGGAAAUAUUUAGAAUAGUAAAAUAAUAAAAUUAUUGGAUUAUAAUUAAACUCAAAUGUUCCCACUUUAAUAUUUUUAUGCCUUUAAUACAAAUAUGUAUAUUGUUUACACAUGUUGUAGUAAAAACAUUUUUAAAAUGGAUUAUGUUGCUGGAUGUUGUUGUAA